AUGCCCGCAUUGAGCCUGGCGAGAACCGAGUUGGCGCAAAGAUAUCCCACAUCAGGAAUCAUCUAUGACCAGGAUUCGAACCUCUAUUUGAAAGAUCCUUCAUACUGGAAUUAUUGGGAUCGGCCAACCAAGCCAGGCUAUCCUGCGGACGAUCAGGUGCAGAGCUAUGUCACGUCGCCGCCCAACGUCUGGUGGGAGCAGCGUCGGCUCUGGAGAAACAAGUGGAAACAGCUUGGAACAGGCGAUGAGGGUGAGGCGAUCUUUCCAUACACUGGAGAGCCGCCACCUGGUUGGAAUGGCCGUUGUGUCAAGGAGCCAGGGCUCCUGAAGGCUGACUGGGGACGACCCAAGUUGUGGUGGGAGUGGCUGGAAGGGCCGCAAGAUCCCCUAGAUUGGACGAGUGGGCUAAAGUCAGCUGCUGCUUCUGCCGCCGGAGACUUCAUGGGUCAGUUUUGGGACGAUGACAAGUGCACUCUUCCUAUCAAGCUGAGCUCACCGACUUCCAAGUAUUGGGCAGAGGAUGGGCAAGCUGGCUUUGACUUAGAGCAACCUGGUGCGCCAUGGCCAAGAAGGGGAACAUUUCGAAGAAAGAAAGCUGAUCAGAAGGCCUAUACAGAUUGGGAGCAGGAGAAGUGGUUAGCAGAACAUACGUUGAGGCGCUCGACACAGAAAGGCUUUCCGAGGGCCUUUACCCCUCGCGGCUUGGAGAAUGCAACCCCUCGCUUCGAGGACAGGUUUGCAGAAGAUGAACCUGCUACAUUGGAUCCGAGGCUUCCACGCCCUGCAAGCUUGCCAGACCUCCGAAAGUACCCAGUCAGUCAGCAGGAAGCAAUGUGGAAAGAUGCAAGGAUGGAGGCCUUCGAUGGGAACGUUGAUGCAUUAGGCCUCAAAAGUAUGGGCGCCGAUUUGAUGGGCAUUGACAUGCUUGACAUGAAGGCAUACAAGAGGCUAAUGCAGGCUGAGCCACAAUGGGUGGAACAAUUCUUGAAAGGCAAAGUGAGCCAAGAGCAGCACCCCGUGGGAUAUGGAAUCGAUGAGAAGACCUUCGAAUUUGUGAAAGAACCAAAGCAUCCUUUGGUGGAACCUACACCUCCACCUUGGUAUCCAUCCAACGUCCUGAAGCAAUUUCCGACUUUUGAAGACGUGUGGAAGAGAAGGAUGAAGCGUGCAAUGGACGCUGCUGCUAACAUGAGCCGCUUCUCCGGUAGCUCAGCAAGAGAAGCGCAGGAUGACUUGGACCACACAUGGCAGCAACUCAGCAAUCCUCCUGAUAACUCACCGCGGGGCCUCAUUAAGCGGGCAGAGGCAGAGGCCGAAGCGGAACGAGGUGCUGAGCCUCCGCCAGUGACCGCCGGCCAAGAGGCCAAGGUCCGCAUGGAGGCAAUGUCGAGCGCGAACGCAGCAGACGUUGAGCGCGUGGCAGAUGAUCCUGCAGAACGCACAGCCGCACGAGAAACUGUCCUACAGAAAGGCGCUGACACCACCGCUCCGGCUGCAGAAACCAUGGAUUCAAAGGGAAGUCAAGGAGGCAAAGAUUGGAAUUCCUCCCAAGUGCAAGCUGAGAAGCCUGCGGAGGAUGCUUACACCUCCAUUUCAGGGCCAUCGAAGGUGGACCCGGUGGCAGACCCACUGACUAUGUCAACGCCAGUGACACUGACUUGUUCCACCAUAUUUGCAUCGCCAGUCCGACCAGAAAGGUCGACUCAAGCCAGAGCUAUUGGCUCAUUCUUGUGA